AUAACUUUUUUAUUUUAAAUGUUAUGGAACCGUAUGAGGUUCUAAAUGAUAAUACUGCAAAAAACCAAACAAUUAAAAAAGAUAGUUCAAAAUUUGGAAAUUUAGAAACUUAUUACUUUGUAAAUGAUGAUGGUUUAAAAGGAAAUAUUGACACAAGUUUACUUGAUGAUAAAAGUGAUCAAGAUAUAUAUUUUCUCAAGCGUACUAAAAAGAAAAGAUCACAAGAAACCUUACUGUCAAAGCUUGUACAGCGUUUUCGUGAGCAACCACCACAACCCAAAAAUGAGCGCUUAAAAGAUAUUGAACAUUUCUGGUGGCUUUCUUCUCCUGAUGAUUCUAUAAAAGAAUUGUUUCAAAAUUGUGAUAACUCUCUUAUUUCAUCUGAUGUAAAUAAAAGAUCUUUUGAAAAGACUGAAGCCUCUGUUGAUGAAUAUGAAACAAAUCUAAUACAAGAAAAAGCAGAAAAGCUUCUUCAUCUCAGUGCUGCUGUGGUUUCUAGAUCAAAACUGGAUACCAAGAAUACUGAGAAACCUACAAACCAUUCUUCUAAUAAAAGUAUACAAAUGUUCUAUCCUCAUUCAGUAAGAUGUGAAAAUCUUGGAAUAACUGGUGCUUAUCAAAAAUCACUAAGGCCAGAAGAUGACAUUUUAUAUCAAUGGAGAUUAUCCCGUAAAAUUGAAAACAUUAAAACUUCAGAAAAAACUCUAUUGCAAAAUAAUAGAAUUAAAAAAAAGUCUCACAACAUUAAUGUAUUAAAUAAAGCAGUUGAUUCAUCCCUUCGAUGUGCAUGCCAUGCCAAUUCAAUUCAUUCAUCAUGUUUGUCUCCAGAUCUUCAAACAAUAGAAAUGUUAAAACAUCAAAAAUCAGAUUCAACAGUUAGUUCUUUAUGUGAACAAAAGGAGAAUCACUUUCCUUAUAUACAAAAGGAAUGUCCUAAUGAAGUUUGUGUUGGAAGUUGCCUUUGUUAUCAUUGUACAGCUCAUUGCCAAAGAUCUUGUCAGAUACUAUCAUGCAGCAAUAUGAUAAAGCAAGCUGCUGAAAAACCUUUUGAUUUAUCGGUCAAAAGCAAGAAAGAGAGUUUUUGCAUUGAAACUUCUACCCAAACUUCUAACCCUGUUUCCUCUGCGGACAAAAAAAAUGAUAGACAAACAUCACAAGUUUUAACAAAUAUUAAUUUUACCCAACCUCAUAUCCAGAUUCUUGCUUCUACUUCUCCUUCCACUUCUUUUACUACUUCAAAAAAUAUUUCUACACAAACCUCAGACAGAUCUACAAAAAAAAUAAACACAAAGAAAAAUAUCUCUAAUGAUUCUGCUCUUACUUCUUCUGUAACACCAAUAUUAACCAAUAAAAAAUCUACCAGUCAUCCUGAAAACCCUACGCUUGGUUGUAACAUACCUUCUAAUUAUUUUUUAUCUCAACAUAGUUAUCAAAAAUUACAAGACAACAAAUUUUCUGUUAUUUCUGACUAUUCUAAUUUAGAAGAUAAUGAGAAAAUUAAACAAACAGUUCUAAAGAAUCAACUUGAUCCUAUUAUAAAAGAAGUUCUGAAAGGUCAUAUCUUUGCUAAAAGUAUAGAUGAUAACAGUAUGAUUGCAGAAAAAGAAUUACAACAACUAAUAAAAGAAAAUAGCAAUGAAAACUGUAAUCAAGUUAAUGUUUUUUCAUCCAUUCCAUUCCAAGAGUUAUCUACAAUGAGCAAUAAUCGUAUACCUUUUCAGCAACAGAACUUAAUAGAAAGUUCUAGUGAAAGUGAGUUUGUUGAUGAUGAAAUAUUGAUUGAGUUAAGAAAUCGAAGAAAAAUUUUAAAGAAAAAGUUAAGUAACAUUUUAGCACAAACGAUGACAUUUUGAAUUUUGUCAACCGAUGACGUCUUGGAUUCUAUCAACCGAUAACAUCCUAGAUUUUGUUUCGAUAACAUCUUGGAUACGACAAUAAUUUAUUUGUACAUAUUGUAUCAGAUAAAAUAGAAUGUUUUACGAUUGACCAUUGAA